GUUUUUUUUUUACUUUUAACUUGAAUUGUGUGAAAUUAUUGUGGACAUUUUUGCAGGACCCGUACUGGUCCUCAUGAUUAUUUAUGAUCAUCACCCACCUCCACUCGAGCACACGGUUGGCGUGUUGCUUCGUAUGUGUGCGGCGAAUGACGUCAUAAGAAACGAGGAAACACAUCUCGACAACUAAGAUGGCGGAGGAGCAGAAGGAAUCAUCACAGGGAGAGAUGGAGGGAGUGAACUGCCUUGCGUACGAUGAGGCUAUUAUUGCUCAACAGGACAGAAUUCAGCAGGAGAUAGCCAACAGUAACCCUUUAGUGUCGGACAGACAGGAUCUCUCCGUGCUGCAGAGAGAGUAUGCUGAGGAUGACACAGUUUAUCAGCUCAAGAUCAAGGACCUAUACAAAAAAUAUUCAUACAUACGUAAGACACGACCAGAUGGGAACUGUUUCUACAGAGCCUUUGGUUUUGCACAUCUUGAGUCUCUGCUCGAUGACAGCAAAGAACUUCAAAAGUUCAAAGCAGUUGCAGCUAAAAGUAAACUGGACCUGGUUAAUGAAGGCUUCACUGAGUUUACCAUUGAGGACUUCCACAACACUUUCAUGGACCUGAUCGAAUUGUGUGAGAAGCAGCCGAGCCUGCAGGAGCUGCUGAACUCUUUCAACGACCAGAAUGUGUCGGACUAUGUGGUCGUUUACCUUCGGCUGCUCACUUCAGGCUACCUGCAGCGAGAGCAUAGCUUCUUUCAGCACUUCAUAGAGGGAGGACGCUCUGUCAAGGAGUUCUGCCAACAGGAGGUUGAGCCAAUGUCUAAAGAAAGUGACCAUAUUCACAUCAUCGCCUUAGCCCAGGCCCUGGACGUGUCCAUCCUGGUGGAGUACAUGGACAGAGGAGAGGGUGGAACUGUCAAUCACCAUGUCUUCCCAGAAGGUGGAGACCCACGCAUUUUCCUCCUCUAUAGGCCUGGCCAUUAUGACAUCUUGUACAAAUAACACUCCUGGCUACAGCCCCCCACGACCCGCCCAUCCCAUCCUCCUCCUGCUGUACGUCACAGCAGCGUGCUAAUAAGAAUAUCUAACUUCAACAGCCACGUUGGUGCAGCAUACAUCUGUGUAUGACAUUACACUCAUGGAUUUGAAAAAAAGAACAAGCAAACAUAAAAUCGCAUUACAUCUUUCCCUUGCCCCUUUGUUCCCAAACUCCCAGGUUUUUCCUCAGUCAUCACAAAAUGGUUAAUUAAAAAUCUUUGAAAAAUAGAAGUGACUCCAGGCAUAUAGAGUUGUACAGUUUUUUUUUUCUUUUGUGGUUGUAAAUGUUAUCUACAAUAUGUUGGGUUCUUUUCCUUUGUUACACUGCGUUUGUUGAGUUUUAUUAAAGGGAUUUACAUCUUG